CUGGGUGAAUUUUUCCCGGCCUCCGCUCCGGCCAGAUCGGCGCGGGUGAACCCCAGCCCCUACCGAUCCGGAUCCGUCCCCAUCGCCUCGUGUGUUUUCCGUCGAGUAUUUUAGCGUGUGUGUCCCCCCCUCUUCGCUUCGGUUGGUGCGUGCGGCUGUCUCGGGUAGAUCUGGUGGUUUAGUUCGCCUUGAAGGCGCGCGGCGGCGGUGUCGCGGCUUGUAGCUUGCGAUUUCACGGUGGAGCUUGUCGGCUGUUGGGGUCGGAUUUGGUGCGUGGCUGCUUCGGCGCUAGGCGAUCCUUGUGCUGUUUCCGUGGGAUAUUUGUCGUUGAAUAGAUAGGAGUUUGUCAUGGCGUCUAAGCGCAUCCUCAAGGAGCUGAAGGACCUGCAGAAGGACCCCCCCACAUCAUGCAGUGCAGGUCCUGCUGGUGAGGACAUGUUUCAUUGGCAAGCAACAAUUAUGGGACCACCUGACAGUCCCUAUGCUGGUGGUGUUUUUUUAGUGAACAUUCAUUUCCCGCCAGAUUACCCCUUCAAACCUCCAAAGGUUUCUUUCAAGACAAAGGUCUUCCAUCCUAAUAUCAACAGCAAUGGAAGUAUAUGCCUUGACAUUCUCAAAGAGCAGUGGAGCCCUGCUUUGACAAUUUCUAAGGUCCUGCUCUCCAUCUGCUCCCUGCUGACCGACCCCAACCCGGACGACCCUCUUGUCCCGGAGAUUGCCCACAUGUACAAGACGGACCGGCCGAAGUACGAGUCGACGGCCCGCAGCUGGACGCAGAAGUACGCGAUGGGCUGACGAACGCUUUCCUGCUCGUCCACCCGACUGGCGUCUCAAGAAAGUCGUUCCUGGGCGCCAUUGUUCCCUUGGAUUUGUUGUUGGUCGUCGUGUGUAUCCCUGAUCCAUCUAGGAUCAUCGUAUUGUAUUGUAGUGUAUGUAUAUCGUCGGCCUACCAUCGUUGCCAUUCACCAUAGUGAGGUGGUUGGACAUGCUUCGCCUAUAUGCACCUGUGCUUGCCGUCCUUCGGGUCGGUGCUCUUUGGUUAAUGUUCAUCGAAGACGUUGAUUUCGUUGCC